AGUCGUGAGGGAUGUAGAUUUGCAGCGAACGCUAAGAAAAUAUUGUAUUUUUUAAAAUCUGCAUAUCAGCUUGCAAUCGUUUUCGGUUAAAUAUUGAAGAACACGUUAAUGUAACCUUCGACACGAUUUAAGUGAAAAGUAAUCUCAAAUCUGUAGUUUAAAGCUUUGUGUUGUUGCAUGAGUAUAAACUGUACAGUAUGUGUGUAGUGGCGUGUGGUUUUCACAUGUAAAAAGAAGCAAUAAUUCUGAUUCAUACCUUUGAUUUAGUAAGUGUUCAUGGCGUCCAAAGCGCCUUUCACUGACUCUGACACCGCUGAUGAAGCUGUCAGAGCAACAUGCGACGAUGCGUCGAUAUGCAAAAGGUAUGCAACAAGCAAAGGAUACUGGAACGACCCUUACAUACAGUAUUUUGUGCGUCAGACAGGUGAACGCAAGGCACCUGAGAUUAACAGAGGUUAUUAUGCCCGUGUCCAUGGAGUGAACCAUCUGCUUUAUGCAUUUCUUAAAAAGACUCAGUGUGACUGCCAGGUGGUGAGUCUUGGAGCUGGACUGGACACCACUUUCUGGACACUGAAGGCUGAGAACACUUUGCCGAAAAAGUACUUUGAAGUUGACUUCCCUAUGAUUGUUGCCAGGAAGAUACACCAUAUCAAGACAAAACCUCCUCUGUCAAAGCCCUUGAUUGAGACCCAUUCAGCUGAUUCACUCCUAUUAGAUGGCCACAACCUGGACUCAGACAGAUACUGUAUCAUCAGUGCUGAUCUCAGAGACCUCUCAGGCUUAGAGGAAAAACUCAGAAAAUUCAACAUAAAUACAGAAUUGCCAACACUCUUUGUUUCUGAAUGUGUGCUGGUGUACAUGACCCCAGAGCAGUCCUCCAAACUGGUGCACUGGGCUGCACACACCUUCCACACUGCCAUGUUUAUCAACUAUGAACAGGUGAACAUGGCUGACCGCUUUGGGCAGAUCAUGAUUGAAAAUCUGCAGAGACGACAGUGUAAUCUGGCUGGAGUGGAUGUGUGCCAGUCCUUGGAUUCUCAGAAGGAACGCUUCCUGUCUACAGGAUGGGAGAGUGUGAACGCACUGGACAUGAUGGCAGUCUAUAGCCUGCUUCCUCAGGAAGACGUAAGCAGGAUUGAACGACUGGAGUUUUUAGAUGAGAAAGAGCUACUCCAGCAGCUUCUUCAGCACUAUAGUAUCUGCUGGGCAGUAAAGGACACACUCAAUCUAGGCAUUUCACAAAUUGGCUUUUGAGUUUAACUGUGACCUGGUUGGGAGGACUACAAGUCUUGCGCCAAGGUCAACAUGAAUUGGAGGAAGUCAUUUCAGCUUAUUUUCCCUUUGUGACGUCAAUAAAAAAGAUGAGACCAC